AUGGAGGGAGGCGGACACACCGAUCCGGCAGGGGCCCCGGUUGACGCAGUCCAACAGGUUUCGCUGCCGGAGGGCAACGAGCGGGAAGAAGAAGGCCCGCCCGCCACUAUCUUCCAUGCAGUUAAGCAGGACGCGGCUUCCGGUGUGUCUUCCCCGCCGCCGUCGUCAUCUGAAACGGCCGCGGAGUCCGCUAUUGAUGAGCUCCCCAGCAGCGCGCCACGCUCGUCGUCUUCCGGCGCUGCCGAAUCUGCUUCACCCGACUCCGUAUGGCGGGACGUAGUCGCGCCGGUCGCUGCAGAUUCGGGGUUGGAAAGGAGGGAGGCUCCGCCAGACACGGCACGGCCCUCCGCUGAGACCCCGCCUCCGACUGAAACGACUUCGGGAGUAUCUAGCAUGGUCUCCCACGCAGCUGGUGCGUCUGAUGAGGAUUCGCUGUCAUCAUCUGCCGCGGCGUCGGAUUCGUCCCCCUCGUGUGGUUCGCCAGUGACCCCGGCUGAGUCUUCAGCUUUGCCUCUUGAAGCUGCAGCUGCUUCCCUCGUCCCUGUCCCUGCGUCGCCCUCUUCGGCCGAUGGCGUUCAGUCUGCUGCGGCGCCCGUUCCCUCUGGGGAGCCCUUGUCUUCGCUGCCUGCCUCUCCAUCUGCGUCUGCCGUUCCACACUCGGCACCGUCCCCUCUUAUCGAUCUGAGGCCGGCGGGCACGUCUCCGCCGCCCGCGCCCACUGCAGCCAACGCAGCCUCGGCGCCAGUUGGUUCCUCUCUUCUCUUUUCUGUGCUGCGGCCGUUACUGCUUCGCAUGCUCCCAGCGUCUCUGCAAGGCGUGGCAGCGGACGGCAUUCUGCUUCAGCUCUGGCAGAAAAAUCUGCAGAUGUAUGACGUGACGCUUCAACCCAAACUCCUCGAUGCUCUCCACGUCCCCUUCUACCUCCUCUACGGCUACAUCGGAUCGGUGUGUGUCUACUUCCCCGCCAAAAACAAUCCCGCUGCAGGCGAUAGAGACGCUAAAGGCACUGCGGCGUCGCCGGUGGCCGCUGACGCGGAAGGUGUCUCGUCAGCGACUGCGAAGCAGCCGUCUGAGGCGGCGUCAGGAUCCGCCAAUGUGGCAAAGAGUAAUCUGUCCGAGUCUCUGUCUAAUGUGGAGUCGGCUUCUUCCGCGGCGGCUCCCCCAUCAUCCGCCGCAGGCUCCAAGCAGGCGCCGGGGGGACAGCCCCAUGCGGGCUCCGCCGGCGCAAGGGGGUCUGCUGAACGGCCGUCUUCUCCGUCCUCUGAGGCGUCCCUCGUAGUGGAAGUCUCAAAAUUGGUUCUUGUAUUUGCACCGAAGCCCGUGGAAGAAUGCAGCGAGAGGGACUUCGUGGAGAGACUCCAGCAGCGCCGUCAGCGCUUACUUGACGCUGCAGAUCUGCAAGUGAUGGAAGAAGAGGAGUUGCGCACGCAGCAGCGAGCAGGCAAGGAAGCGGUCCCGAGCGGUCCUGCCGCGAAGCAAGGUGGAGGCCUGACGCGCCCGUUUGUCGCGGCCGCUGCUCUUCUGUCUCGUUGGAUCAACCGGCUUCUCCAGGAUCUCCUCAUCGAUGUGAAAGAUAUCCACGUUCGGCUGGAGGCUGUGUCGGUUCUUCCCCGCUCUGCCGCCUGUCAGCCGUUUGGCAUAAGCCGCCUGUCAGGGUCGGCGUUUCGGCUUCCUCAAAUGCGCAGAGAACCGGCCUCUCACUACUCGCAAACUGAGACGCAUCCGCAAGCAGCUGCUGGCGCCUCAGGCGUGAGGAAGCGAGAGCGCGACGAUCGGGACUCCAAGAGAAACAGAGACGGCAGCUGCCGAAGAGCGGGCCGCUGCAGCUCGACAGGUUCCGGCAGAGCUGACAGAAAGCACGGAUGGUCGCGAAGCAGCCGAGGGACGGUAGACAAAGCGAAACGGGGGCCUCCUUCGUUUCCAUCUUGCCCGGUUGUGCGCCCCUUCGCAGUAGGCAUGACGCUGGAACGCCUGCAGAUCCGGCAGGUGGGCGCCCAGAUUUUCGCUUCAGUGGAACGGGCGGAUGAAGGGCAAGCUGCAAGCUUCUGGGAGGAGGGGAAGCUGGCUGGGCAGCGCGAGGAAGGCGCGAAAGCGGCGCAGGAAGAUUGCUGCGAACAAGGAAGGGGCGAGAGUCCGCUGGGGGAGGGCGCUGCGAGGGGGGAUGCCGGAGAGCAGAGCAAGGCGAAUUUUUUCAAGAAAGAUAUGGCGGCAGAAGAGAAGAGCGGCAACGACGGUUUCCUCGCUUCAGUCUCCGACACAUUCAGGUUCCGCGUCUUUGACGUCAAGGCGCUGGCGGUGUAUGCGCACUCAGAGACUCUGUUCCUUGCGCCGACAACAGCGUCAGACAACGAGCUGCACGCGAAGCUUUUCCGCUGCAUGACAGCACAUUUAUCUUGGCACGCUAACCAGGCACUGGCGGUGCCGCAGCACGCGCCUCUCCCGGGUGCACUCCCUGCCUCGUUAGAUGACUCUUCUGUGAGACGCUGCUCUGCGGUGACCACGUUACCUUCUUCCAGUGGCCUCUCCAAAGCCCUGCUCGCCACCCUGGCGACCACUGGCAACUUUCCCCCUUACCGAGUCGGCGCAGGCGACCAGCACGGAGGGCACGAUUCAGGCGAUGGCCGUGCGGCGGCCGCGCUUCUUGAGCCCUUACUGCGCUACCUGCUGGAGCCCAUGAGCGCGCGCCUGUUCCUUCGUCAGAUCAAUGAGGGAGAGAGCAGUCUAGGGACCACAGCGAAGGAGAAGGGAGACUUGGUUUCAACUGAGGCAGCAAGCGGCGCGGCGCACAUGAAGGACGAAGCAGGCACCUGCGGCCAGCGGAUCCCCCACCGGGGCGCUGGCAAAGACGCUGCACCUGCAGACGAGGGAGGGAGGAUUGGAACCGCUGAAGGAGGAGCUGGGUCUCUGGAAAAGCACAACAGAGACGACGAGGCAGCUGCGUAUGCGGCACUCCUGCACAUUGAUGCUGUUCAGGUCGCCGUUCCCGUUCUGUACAUCCACCAGGCCGUGUGGCUGUCGAGGUUGCUCAGCAAAUACAACGACCGUCUCCUUCUGCUUCAGCAACGUAUAGAGCUUUUUUAUCCUUAUCGCCCACAUUGUCGAGUCCACGGCAGUGCCCGUCUUUGGUGGAGCUACGCGAUUGGCUGUGUGCUUCGAGAGCGUCGCUGUGCAAAGGCGGGGAUCGAUCCCGCUGAGCUCGCGUUGGCCUCAGAGUCGGGAGCAGCUGCGGCUUCGACUGCCGGAGGCGCAAACCUUUUCGGUGCGUUCAGCGGCACGCUGGCGUUCGAGGAGUCCAUCAAGCAUGCACGACUUCACCAGAAGCGCCGACAGUAUCGCGAUCUGCUCAUUUCCGUCCUACGGAAUCGCGCGAACGCCGAGGACCUGCGGCUUCUGAAUUCACUGAAAAGAGAGCUCCCGAUGCAGAUACUCCUUAGCAGUCAUAUUCAGGCUCGUCGCGCCUUCUUGCGAGAGCGAAGCCAGCAAUCGCAAAAGGGACUGGGUGCGGCACUGUGGGGAGCCAUAUGGGGUCGAGGCAAGAAUGAUCAGAAGCAGGGCGGCGGACCAGAAGGCGGAUUGCGAUCGAGUGGCGGGCCGCCAGAUGUUUCCCCGUCCCACCGAGACCACCUUCUAGGCAGUCGGCGGCACGUGGAGGAAAAGCCAGCGCCGCCAGAGGAAGCUGAGGAUGUAAACGAUGACGAGUUCGUGGAUGCUUUGUCGGAGCCCCCGUCUCCCGGACAGACGCAACUGUCGGAGCACCAAAGCAGCGCUUCACGCGGCCCGCCCGGCGCUGCCUCGGCUCCGUCGCCUGUGCAGGGAGGCGAGCCGGUACAUCGAUCAAACCCGCAGGAAGAACUAUUAGCGGACCGCGUCGAGGAUUCAGAGGAGACGCCAGAGCGAUUUGAGCCCGGGUCUGGAGCGCGUGCACGCCGUGAGGAAAGUGGCCGCUUGGGGGGCCGCGACUCGCCCAAGGUGGCGCACGAAACUGCCUUACCGUCUCAGGUCGCAGAAUUUUAUGACUGCCAGGAGGAGCUCGAUGAAAAGCAGAGGCACGAGCAGGAACUCCUGCUAGCCGCAGGAGCUGCUGCAGCCGCCUCCAUGGUGGCAGAUGAAGAGGCUCAAAUUAUUUGGGCUCAGGAGCAUCAGCAGUCGGAACGCCCGUUUCUUGCUCUCUCCGUUUUGCUGAAAGCAGCAGGGGUGCGGAUACUCGGCACCAGGACCGAGUUGUGUGCGCAUGGAUCUAACGGGUGUGCUGCGCCCGGAGUGAAGCCUGGAGAGGAAUGGGACUGCAUCGAAUAUGUGCAGUUCGGCGUCAGUGGUGAACUGCGCGAGAUGAGGAUCCAACUCGUGUACGGCGACCUGGAGACACGCGUAAGGAUGGGGUUACGAGAUAUGUCCGUUCUGCACCAGAGAGGGGACACAACAGAGCGCCUGGUCUACAGGUAUGUCUCCCCCGAGCGACCACUUCUCCGGGUCUCUUUUUCACGCCUCCUGGCCUCGCCUGCUGUCCUCGGCCUUGCUGGAGACGUGGCCCCGGACGUCCAGGGCUCCAAAAUGAAAAAGGUGGCAAGCGCGUCGGCGCUCCUUCAUCCGCGGUCACAGUCUCCCGCUCGUCUGCCGAUCGACUCGCCGCGGGGUGCUCCUCUCUCCUCUUCAGCCCUCGCUUCUCCGGAACCGAUCGGUCGGGUUCCGCCAGGGAGUGUCGGGUCCCUGCAGCCGGUCGUGGCCGGCUGCGCGCCCGCAGGAACGAGCCCGUCGCCGGCGGCGCAGUUUCGCGGCUCGACCAGCGAGGCAGGCGAAGGAGGGGGGGCGUCGGAGCUCCACCUCGUACUCCGUCACUUUGUGUGCGUUUACGCCCAAGAAGCUGUGCAGGAUGCUUCUCUUAUCGCGAGUGCGCUCCAAGAAGGGCUCCGUGCCACUCCGCCGUCCAGCGCCCAGCAGGGACCGGACGCCGUGCGGGUCGUAGCUAGCGACAAAGAACAGGAACCUGGGGUGACUGUUGCGUCUGAUGAUGUGGAAGCAGAUGGUUCGAACGUCUACUCGUCUGUCUCCGGUUCCGGGGGGUCUCCACUGGGCGGGGGUGGCCUUAGCAGAAAACUGGGCACCGAAGCUGAAACAACGCAGAAGCCGUCCAAGAACGGCAUGGCGUCUCGGCGCCUGAUGCUGCGUAGUCGAGAGAGGCUGAAGGCGCUGAGUCUAUCCACCAAGUACUUCAUCCAGCUUUGCGCUCCUACGGUUGUUCUGCCUACAAAGAGAGAGAGCUUCGCGGAUGCCCCUGUCCUCGCGCUUCAUCUUGGAGAGAUUGACGUGUCGAGCGUCGACUCUCCCGAUGGUCCGCCAGCAGGGGCACUCUGCCAGCCGGUGUCUCUCGCCGAGCCUUUUUUCGUGAGCAGCGGCGGCGCACCAGGUCUCGCUGCCUCCACUGGGGCGUCUGCUCCUUCAAGCGUCGCGUCUUCCGCAGCACAGUCGUUACAAAAGAGUGGAGGACUGGGGCCAGAGGUGCUAAUGGCUCAGCAGUCCGCGUCGGCGCUGUUUUCUUUUUCGUCAUUGUAUCGCGGAUCCUCUGCAGAAGGAGGCGCCGCAGGCACACCGAACAGCCUCGAAGGAGGCGCGAGCAGGAUGAGCUCAGGCGGCGACUCGGCGGCAAGAGGGCAUCGAAUGCUUGUCCACUCGCGGGUGCGCCAUUUUGUCACCUUCAGCGAACUCCAAGUCCAGCGCUACUCGUCGCUGCAUGCUUUUCGAGCGUCUCUCGACAGCCAUCAGCCGAACGUGGAUCGUCCGAGCGGAGGGAAUACCGCGGAGAGGGGGGCAGCAGGCGCGGUAGCGCCGGCGAGCGACGGCAUAGACGCACAAGCAGAGGUGAAGGAGCAGUUCACAGGCCAGCUGGAGAAGAUAGACGAAGAAGGAGAGCACCGUGAAGAAGAAAACGGCUGGAAGGACGGGGGGACGGGAACGAUGAACGGGGAGCGAAGCGUUCCAGGGGAGCUUUAUUCCAGGGUUCGCAACCGACCGCUUGGACUACGUCUCCUCGACCCCGUUGGAAUGUGUUUCGCAGUUGAUAUCACCACGUACGAAACAGUUGAUCUCCGUGCCCUCAUUCUUCCUUCGUCCCGUCGAUCCUCUCCUGUGGCCGCCAGUUUCGCCAAAACCCUUCGACCUUCCUCCUCAGCUGAAGCCUUUGCCCAUGCUGAAGCUGGCGAGACGCCCUCAAUUGUGCAAGUGUGCAGGACUAGCGACGAGGCAAACCGGGCCUCGUCAGCGCACCCGGUGAAGAAGGACGAGGGCGAGGGCGCGCAUCUGCUGCCUGUCCACGCUCUAGGAGGAGACGGCGAGCAGGCGGAAGCGUCAAGGGAGAAGUCGCUUGUGAUGGUGAAAGGUGUACUUCCAGCAGUGUCUCUCAACCUCAGCGCCAUCGUGCUAGACAGCGUUUUCAGAGCCCUGGAGAUUUCGCGGGCGCCUUCGGCGCAGGCUCCGGCUGAGAAGGCGACUGAGGCGGGCUCCGCGGGUGGCCGUGCUCCCCCGUCUGCUCUCUCUCCUACUGACGCCGCUGGUGUUUCUCCAUCCCGCGUGGCAGUGGACAGCGGAGUUCGGCGAGUGCCUGUCGGGGACCGCCCCUCUUCUCCCGCUCUCCCGUCGGCCUCUUUGUGCGUAUCUCAUAGCAAGUCAGAACAGAAGGAUUCACUCGAAGAGAUGAAGGGGGGCGCCCAGCCGAGUCGCCAGGCAGGAGCCCCUGACGAUGCGCGUGCUCAAACGGCUUCUGUAUUCCCCUCAAUGAUGGCAGCGGUAACGCUUCAGCACAUGUUUCUUCGGUUUUACUGUCUCGAGAAGCGCCGCGUUCCCGAUUCUGCUGCGCGGGUGCCCUCGAUAACUCGCUGCGCUUUGGACGUUUCGUCUGAAGCGUCUCCAGGAGACGUCGACCUUCUGCAAGUUCAGAAGCGACGCGCAGUUCAGCUGCUGACGGCCGGAGUCUCGGCGUACGUGGAGGGAAGCGACGCUGGGCAAAAUGUCGCGCUGCAGAUGCGUUCCCUAGAACUAAUCGAGCCCGACCUGCCAGUAGGGCACCCAGAUCGGGAGAUUCUGAAGACCGUCGAACUGAAGAAGACAAAGUGCCCUGCCUCAUCUAACGAAACACAUGUCGCCUGUUCGGAAGUUGCAACGCUGUCUGGUGCAUCUCCAGACAGCGAGACUGCGGGCAGAUGUGGUUCAGGGGGGGCGAAGCACACAGAAACCGAGUCUGUGUCUGUCUCAGUCAUGUACUCUUCCCGCGCUCCUUCUCGCGCGCAGGCAGCGCCCGUCGUUUGCGGAUGCGCGAGUGGGCUUGCCGCGGAACGCCGCAUGUCCCUGACCGACUAUGAGAGCCUGCAAGCUGCAUCGUGCGGAGAAAGGACGGAGCAAGAAUGUGUUGACGUCUGCGAGGUGCCGCGAACUUCGUUGAAGGUCGCCAUCUGCUCGUGUGUGCAUGUAACUUUUCGGCCGGACGUCCUCUCCAGUUUGAUUCGCUUCCUGAAACAGCCGGUGCCUGUUUCACAUCAUCCGACCAGAGGACGGUCGGGCAGUGCGUCUUCUUCGGACGCGGACGAGACGGCGUCGGUCUCCAGCUCGGGCUCGACGGUAGUCGCUACUGACCGCGGGGCUGGCGCCGGUGGUGUGACCAAGGACAGCGCAGGCGAGCCCCUCGCUGCUGAGGAGGGCCGCGCGGCAUUGACUUCCACGGCCGGGUUAUCCUUGUCGAAGAAGAGCUUGCUCUCCCCGCAAAUCGUCGCAGCCGUGGAGCGGGAGUUGAAUCCUCUCGACGUGGCAAUUGGCCUAACCCUUGAGCGUGUCCAGCUGAUAUGGGUAGAUCCCGUUUCUCAGCGCCACUUCGCGAUCUCGAACUUUGAUGGUGCCGAGAUUGGCCUCGACCUCCGCCCGUUCUCCACGGACUGCCACGUGUCCCUUCGCAACUUCACCCUUUCAUUCCUUUCGUGUUCCGACCCCCGAAAUAGGGGUUGCUCACGUAGACGGCGCAGGUCUAAAUCGGGCCGUCGUGUACGCCAGUCGCAGCGUUCAACAUCUCCUGGUUUGCAAGACUGUCAGCAUGAAACAAGGGAGAAAGCACGCAGCAGACGGCCGUUCGACUCCCCAGCGUAUUCGGGAGCAGAGCGAGGCAACGCGGCAGAGGAAGGAACUGGAGCGAACGAAGGAAGGGACAAAACGAGUCUGCGAGCUCCGGUCACAGGCGGGGACCUGCAGGAUCGCCCGCUGGCGACUCAGAUUAUUGGGCUCCUGCCUGGGCAGCCCUACAUCUUACGGGUGAAUAUGCGCAGCGUGCACCCGUCUCUUCCUUCUUUUGCAGGCUACACGCUUCUGCUCAAAGUGGACAUGGGUUCCAUCGAGCUGGUCUAUCUGCACAAGAAAUUUUGGAAGCUGUUUGAUUGGAUUCUCGACUCGUUCAUAGGCACACUCACGGCCAGUCCUCCUGGCACGUCCCCGCCCCCUGCGGCUGCCCCCUCGUGCACUGCUGCUGCGCAUCUUCCCGCGUAUUCGCCGGCGCAGGCGUCUGCACCAGGCUUCCCCAAUCGAGGCCUCGCGCGUCUGCAGCACCUCCUCCAUUUCCUGUCGCACUACUCGGGCGCCCCUCCUCCUGUCGCCCAUCCGGAACGCGUCGCGCCGUUCCAUGUUCUCAUCCCAGCAGUGCCCUCGAGCAGUUGCGAAUCUGGCAGCUGGAUGUGCAGCUGCGGCAGCGCUGCGCACUCGGCUCAUGCCACCGAGUACCUUGAAAACCUCCAACGCCUGGGGCGCUUUUCCCAGCCUUCUCUUCUUCUGUACAGCUACGAUGUCACGAUUCGGUCGCCAAUCGUCUUCGUGCCCGGAGCGGUUGUUUCCGAUAUUCUGGUGCCGCUGUCUAAGGAGACACCGCACAGUCCGCGGAGACAGCCCGCGAAGAGAGGCAGUGAUGAGCAUGAAAGCGAGUGCGAGCGCAGGGACGCGGAAGUGGGCGCCGGGGGUCGACCUGAAGCCAAGAAAAAGGCCGUGGAAGUUCCCUUCGAAGGCACAGUCACAAAGGCUUUCUCUGACGUACUUUGCCCCGGCGUGGAGCUGCGCCUGGGCGAAUUCUCCGUGCGGAACCGCCUCGGAUGUGAAGCUGAGAGCACAGGGCUAGUGGACGACAUUCGCGUCGAGCUCACGAAAAUGACGGGCAGAGUGGGGUGGAGGAGACUGAGAAGCCCGUUGAGAGACGACGGUGAUGAAAGAAUUGCAGCAAACAGAGCGGUAGUCAAGCACAGAGAAGGCAAGAGGGCUGCAGGGCCGGAAGAAGAUGAAGUUGUCUUGAAAGAAAUGAAUGUCGUAAUCAGAUAUCUUAGAGGACUGAACCAAGAGAGUCGGAAAGUGCCUCACCCGACGUGGCUGCGUGUCGAGAUCGACGACGUUCCUUUAGUCCUUUCUCCCUUCCGUUUUCAACUUCUGCUUGCUCUCGUGAAUUCGAUGAUCCUGCACAGUGAUCCAGACGUCGUUGCUGCGAGCUCGCCCCUACCCUCUUCCACGUCACAACGGACGCAAGGGGGGUCUGAGUCGGCCGCUCCAACCUCCCCGCGCUCUCCAAGACGCCCGACAGGCACCGCUCCCAGCGAUGUCCUCGUGAAGUCCUCCACUCGCGGAGGAUCAGCUCGCGAGUUGCCGCGACGCCUUCGAACUCACCAGCACCUGCAUGAAGAAGAUCACGAGACAGAAGCGGAGUGUCGGCAAACGUCUGUUGACUGGCUGUCCCUCCUUGACGAGGAGGGUGUAUGCUCUCUGCGUUUCGAGGUGCUCAUGCGGAACCUGACAGUCGAGCUGGUAAAGCCGCCGACCUCGGCCGGCAGCAGCCACCAAAAGGCUCGCACCGGGCGGAGAGACGGAGGAGGCGCCAGGAUGCAUACCCUGUCUCCCCAGGAUCGGCGGUAUUCGGCGGGUGGUGUCGGGCUAGCGCAAGAACGAGAACAGCGGCGAGCCGCCAGCGGCCUCGCAGGACGUCCGACGAGAAGCUGGAGGAUCAGGCGGCACACCACCCCUUCGAAGGAGGCCUCGAAAAGCUGCGCGUACUAUUUCUUGGUGUUCCAUGCUAAGACGAUGACGGUUGAGAUGCUCUCCGUCUCCUUGCCGCCUGGUAGUCCGGUCUUGAGUGCUCAAGCGUGUGCUGGUUCGCCGCGGAACAAGCUGACGGAGCAGUCGAUGGCAGAAGAAGUGUGCUUCUCUCUCCACUCGUCCGACCUUCGUCUCGAGCAGCUCGGAGCUACACUCGUCGCCGUGCGAUUGGACACGGCUCGCUUGUUCCACCCUUCUUCAGCGCCCCCCUUUAACGUUAUUCUCUCGGAUGCGCGUCACAGUUGGACGGGGCUUGCGUUCCAGCAGGAUCUCCUCAUACGGUCUGCCCCUGGGGCUAGCGCAGGAGCGCCUCGGGCAGGCAGCCGAAGUGCGGCGCAGGACAGGCGACCAGCGAGCGCAUGCGUCGGUGAAGAGCCGCCUUCCGUUGGUGCUUCCAAGACGGACUGCAAGGACGUGGCUGACGGGUCUACACCUGAGCCGGCAGUGAGAAGUCACCUCACGACCGAAGCUCCCUUUGCCUCUGAUCCGGGUGCUGCUCUUGAGCACGUCCAUUUUGUGCAUCCUGCUGGCAUUGUGGAGUUCAGUGGCUUGCCAGAAAGGCUGCUGUUCCGUCCUGGUGUGUUUGGUGAUUCCGGCGCCAAAGUGUCGCUCUCUGCAGGCCAGCGAGGAGAGAUGUCAAGUGAGCAGGCGGCAGCGGGGUCCGCGUCACGCGCCAGCCGUUUGGAGAGUUCCAGGGCGCUGGAGUGGCGCCCCGAGUUAAAGGUGACGUAUCAGAGCGCAAACGCGACGCUCAGAUCGAUUCGACGUGGUGACAGGGAGGUCUGUCUCCGUGCGUCGGCUGGAGCGAGGGGUGCUUCGGCUUUUAUCGAAAACCAGCAGAACAUUUCAGUCAGUGUGGCGCAUCCACGGUGCAUGAUUCACCUUCCUUUGUUCAUGCAAACGUACGAUUUCUUCUUCCAUCCCGUUCCAGCCGCGCGGCCCAGUCCUCCACCGCGACAAGUCCGCCGUCUUUCGUCACUCGAGGCUGGAGCCGCAAGGGGAAACGACCGGAGGGCGAGUUUAGAGAAAACCGCAUCAGCCGAAAACCCAGCAGACGCGGGCGCCUCUGUGGAGUGCUCAGCGAAACUGUUACGGAGCGUACCGUCGACGAGUGAAGGAGAGCACGUCGCGCGUAGGGCAGCAGGCGGUGCUGAUGACGCCGCCACCCCUGCCGCGACUGCCGCUUGUCCCGCUCGAGGCAGAGCUCCUUCUGUUCCCUCUCUGGCGCUGGGCAGGCCCCUAGAGACCGCGGAGGGAGAUGCAGACGAUCCGGUUAGUGGUUCUCGCCCUUCGUCGGCUGUGGAGUCUGAAGAAAUGGCUUGUGAUUCGCUUGAAGGGCUCCCGCUGUCACUAGUGCCAGCCGACGUGUCGCCUCGUCCCCGGUUUACCUCUCAGCUUCGGCGCCUGAAGACGGCAGCAUCAGAUGUUUACCACAUGCGUUUGCCUAUUUCGCCGAGACUGAGAGUUUUGCCCCUCGGCAUCGUGGAGCAGUCGCUCCACGAGGGCGACAACAACGCAGGCGGUGGCCGCGAUGCAUCCGCAGUGUUGGCGAGUUCUUGUUGUCCAACCGGCAGUCCAAGAGAGUGCGAUUCUCGCUUGCAGAGCUACCAGCGAAAGAGGAGAGGAAAGGCGUGUAGGGCAGACGGACGCCGGCACGCCUCAGCUUCGGGGCGCGCACACCGUCGUGGAUCAACUCUUGGGGACGGCCUCCGCGCAGGGCACGUAGGCGAGCUGCCUGCGCCGCUGAAAGUUGUAAAGCGAGCUGAGGUGUCGCUCGAGCUGAUGAAAGCAUCGCUAAUAUUACCGCAAGAUUCGCAGGAUAGCCGGAGUGCUCUUGUCGCAAUGCAAGGCUCGCUGUUUCUACGAAAAAAAAACGGCGAUGCACCUCCCCCGUCCCUUCUAGGGCCUGUGGCUUUGGAGAGCGUCGAAAGAGAGAGGCAACUGAGCUCUGGCCGCGGUGCUUUCGGGUCAGGAACAUGCUCAGGGCUUCGCAGCGAGGCUGAGACCUCUGGAGGCCCGGGUGGAGACAGUUACUUUGCGAGGUCUCUAUCUUCUGGUCUCCGCGGCGGCUCGCUUACUCAUUCAGCCUCGGGCAUUCGCAGCCUUGGGAGUGCCGCAGCUGCUGCUACUGACGCGGCAGAAAUCGAGGGGGAUCAGAAGCGCGACGAGACCAGGAGAGCAACGCAGAUGGCCAAAGACAGGAAAGGCCUCGUUGACGCAAGCGUCGGAGAGAGGCACGCAGACGGCUACACGCUCGUGAAAGUCCGCGAUGCGACGGUUUUCUGCUGUCGCGGAGCUUCCACGCUCGCGGCCCUGGAUGAACAGGAAGCUUACGGGAGGAGGCAUCAGGGGGGACGACAUCGGAAAGAAGAGCCGAGCGAGCGAAUCGGAGCCGUGGAUGGGAGGACGACAAAUGAAUCAGGAGCGCAGGUAUCUGUCGCUGCGUUGUCACCUCUGUACAACUCGGAACCCGAGGAUGAGGAAGCAGCUGUGCAGAAGCAAGCGCACACCGAGAAGCCUUCGUCGCGUGCAUCAGUCCCUGAUUCGUCAUCGCCUCUGGUCGUCCCACUCGCCUGUCCCGCCCCACAGAGCGGUAGUAGUCGAUGCUCGCGCCGUGACGACCUUCGAAUUCUUUCGACGGGCAUGCACGUGAAUUUCCUCAUGCAUACACGCGAAGGUCAUCGCUCUCCAAGAUGCUUGAGCUCCGGCGACAAACCAUGCAGUCUCGGACGUGGCGGGGAUGCAUACGCGGCAGCAGGGGUACAUACUUCCUCCGACAGAGACGAAGCUUCUAUGAAGGAAUACAGCGGCAGCAAUUACGCACACGGUCCAAAACGGAGGAGUCGCCCCGAGAGGCGGCUAUCUUCGCGCAUCUCCGGUCCUGUCCAUGCGCGCGCUGCAUCCUGCGGGUGCCGGCUACAGUUUCAGCGUGUUCACAUCGGCAUGUAUCCGUGCUCCGUCGAGAUUUCGUAUCAGGAUUUGCUUCUCGUUGCGAACUGCCUUCACACUCAGCGCACGCAGCUGGAGAUUCAGAACGAACCGGCGGCGGCAAAGUCCAGUGCGACGUCUGUGGAUGCUCCUCCCGCGCCGGCACGCGGUCCGGCCUCGGCAGGCCGCGGUGUCGCACCCGCGCCUGACGCUGGGCAACAGAGUCAGGCUCAGGCGGAUGAGGCUGAAGGAGUGGAGCAGAGGGACGAGAGAAUUGAAGAGGAAGGUCAACGCGAAGUCGAGGUGCACGUUGCCGCUCUUCGCCUCACUCUCCUGAACGACUGUUUUGGCUCUCUCCACGCCCCCUUGCUGCAAGUCUUCGUCCCCUCCGCUUCGCUGCGGCACAGGGUCUACUCAGUCCGGGCUGGCGCUCUUCUGUGGACCGCGGCGGCGGCUGCUGAGGCUGCGGAGCUUCACGCCGCGGGCGGAAGGACUGCGGAUAGUCUGGGUCGCGCAAGUUUUUUCUUCUCUCACUUCACCCCUCGGCAGACGCCUGAAGGGGCUGUAGGCAGCGAUUUUGGGAAGGCGUCCAGCGAGGACGGGGGGACGGGAUCGAGCAGAAAGGACGCGUCUCUCCACGGGCUCCGCUCUCAGAUGAGUCAUGCCUCUCCGACGAGUGAUACGUCUGUCGCCUUCACACAGCCCCAGCUGUGGGGAGAAGGUCCCUUAGACACGUUUUGUGGAGGCGAGACCGGCACCCGCGGCAAGCACGCGGAGCGCGGUCGCCGGCUGCGGCACGGGGAAGGAGAUCGGGAGUUACGUGCGCGGCGGCAGAAGGUAGUUACAUGCGGCGUAAGCUGCAUUGAUUUUUCCGUUCUUCUGUGGUGCUUCAAUCCUGUCGCGGUGGCGUUUGAGCCGGUCAUCGAGAACUUCACGUUGAACGUCGUGCGUCGGGACCUCCCCUAUGAGGUCUUCGCCUGCCUCUACCCAAGUGAAGCCUCGCUCCGGCGUCUCGUCUUGGAAGAAGAAGCGGCGCGGGUCCGAACAGCUGUGGAAGAAGCGCGCGAAAGGAGGGAAGCAAGCGGCGUGGACCUGAUCCCGUCGAACGAGGGAACAGAGGGAGGAGAAGGUGAGUGGACGAUCGGCGGAGAAGGAGUCCAAAUGCAGAGUCGCCUUCUCUCGCGCUACCUCAGCCGGAGAAAGAAAGGAAGCGAACGCUACAGGUCGGAGUCGGAUACGUUGACGGACGCGGGAACGUAUCCAGGAGGAGAGGCGGAGCUCCAACGAGAACCCGGAGUCGCCUCGAAGGGACAGCGUGAUGGAGAGCAGGAGGGAGGGGGAACAAAGUCCUCUGCUAGCUCGCUGAAAAGGGAACCGACUUUCAGCUACGGCUGGUCACAUGACGAGUCAAGUGACACAAAAGGCAGCCAGUGGGGUGGUGAGGAUGCGGAGCACUCACCGAGCAGCUACAAUGCCUUGACUGCUUCUCUAAGUCCGGAAAGCGACGUGUCGUCUCUGGAAGAGUCUGACAGUGAUGGGUCUUCUUUGUUCUCUCGAUCCUACACGCAACUCUCGUCGGUCCGCUAUGCAGACGACGAAAUGGAGCUGUCGGCCGGCAGGGCGGGCGAGCAGGUCACACCAGCGUCGUCUUCUGCUUACUCCGACGCCAACUCGGAGCUUUCCGACGUGUCGUCCCUUGACUCGUCCUCAGCGGGAUCUGGAUUAGAAGACGAAAUCGUCCCGUCUCUGCCGGAAAAACGUUAUAGAGGCCUCUACGUGUCUUCGCCGUGUACAUCUCCGAUCGAGAUCAACGUCUCGCAUGUGCUGCUUCGUACUCUCAUAUCCGCUCUGACGCAGUGGCACGCUAACUUCCUGCGCCACGCUCUCCCUUUUCGCGGUGCGGCUCCUUCCUGUGAUUCAUCAAAAGGGAAGGCGACAAGUGCGACGCGCAGAACUGCGGCGCAGCCCGCCGAGGCCGAAGAGGUGUCUCUAGGCUCCCUUCGCGAGGGGUACUCAACAGCGAUGUCCACGUCAGGCAGCUUGUCCGUGGAGGCAGCGCCUUCAAAGCCAUGGAAGGAAUCUGAGCAUGGCGGUGCGGAUCCGGAGCAGCAGCACACUCGUGAAGAUAACUCAGAUGCUCGAUCCACCGGCGGCUGGAUGUCUUCCUCUGUUGGGUCAGCAACAACUGAGCGAGACUCCGACCAGGAGAACCUCCUGUAUCCUCUGGUUCCGCUUCCCCGCGUCUUGUCGCCUUCAGUAGAGCCGCAAGAGGUGAGGCCGCCUCUGGAAGCUAUCGAUCCGUCCUCCGGUGAGGUGGCACUCGCCGACGCCGCGAUCGCUGACUCGCCUUUCGCACCGAAUGAAUGCGAGGGCUCUGGAACUGGUGAGGCGGCAGAAACGUACAUUUCAGAGUCGGAUGUGCCAGUCAGAAGAGGUCUGGAGAAACCCGAGGCACGUCAGAAUGGAUUUCUCACAGGCGAACCGCGUGGAGAUGCCGAUCCGCGAGAGAAUCACUCGUCGCACAAAGCGCCCGACGCUGCAGUCUCUGUUCGUGACGUCGCCCGCGAGCGUGCAUCCCGCAGCAAGUUAUCGCCGGAUUCGCGCUCUCGUUCUUCGUCUCCAUACCGGACCUCGGUUGCGUCUUCGGUUUGCGCCGGCAGCAGCGCCCUAGGCGCACCGUCUCCGGCUGAUCCCCGCCGGCACCUUCUCUUCAUUCCGUACGUAGUAAAGAACGAGACAGGCAUGGUCCUGCACGUCGACGUGCCCCUGCGGCCGCCAGCUCUCGCCCCUGCGCCCGCAGCGGGCGACGGCGCGCCUCUGUUCCGUGGCGCCGCGGCCUCUGAACCGCAGGAAACGGACCAACAUGCUGUGGCUGCACCUAGUUCCGGCGUCCAGCAGUCCGAGGUGGGAGCCGGUAAUCAGCAGCCUACGACGCCAGCGGGAGCCACUGAGGGGCGAGGCGCAGUCCUCGAUGCGUCUAGCGGACCCGGCAGCAGAGCAGGCGAUGGAACUCCGCCCUGCGUGGGCAACCACGGCACUGCGCAAACCACAGGCGGCGAAGACAGGGCGAAGCCCGAAGGGGCAGGGUGCAACCGCAGACAGGGAGGGAGACUGCCAGAGGGUGGGCGUCGAGAACGAGGCAGCUGGGCGAAGGUAACUGUGGAUGUGGCAGAGGAGAAAGCUCUCCGGCAGCUGCAAGUUGAAGUCGGGAGAUCCGCUAGCUAUCGCGUCAAGCUGGAGCUGACGCCGAGCGGAGGCGGACGCAAGUCGGGAAGACUUACAAGACACGGCGAAUCGCCUGCGAUUGCUGUCAAAGAUCUCGUUUGGCAAGGCACUCGCCCCGUUCCUGUCGACAGGGUUGGAGUCUAUCCGCAGGCCUUGACGUUCACGCUAAGCCCGCAAACGCCGGAUUGCGGUGUACUAGCACGUGGGACAGGCUCCGACGGGCCGCUUUUUCCCGCGCCCGCCCGGAGCUCGUCCGCAGUGGAAGCACGGCAUCCACAGGAUGUUCAUGACAUCCCGGCAGCUACAAGUCGUCAAACGUCUUCCACCGAUCUGCUGCACACCUCCUUCUCACCCGGUUCUACUCCUGUAGACGGUGGUGGAGUGUCUCUUUCUGUACCGUCAGCAACAACGCCUUCCGUCGUGGCAGGGCGGUCGCACAGCGAUGUGUGUAGCGCCGUGUCGGCGUCGUCGUCAUUGAUGGUUUCAUCUCUGGCGCUUCUCCGAGAGCAGGCCUUCAUCAUUUGUCGUGUGGUUGCGGAGGCUGGAAGGAAGCGGCUCAUUGUCCAGUCACAGGUUCUGCUUCACAACAAAUGUCUGGUGCCGCUGGAAGUCCUUGUCGCACCUUCCGAGGAAGAGGUCUCCGCGGGCGGGGCUGAGGCGCAGGAGACGCUCUUGGGCGCGAUCGGUGCUGCAGCCAGCACUGGGGAAAUCGGAGCCAGGCCCGCUGGAGGCGUCUCAAGCAUUUCCAGAUCCGACGAGACUGUUCCACGAACAAACCAGGGUGAUGUGGCAGAACCGGGCAAACAACGGGGGUCACGACUACUCGUCAUUCCUCCGGGAGGCUCUGCUGCAGUCCCCGUGAACCUUUGCGGCACUGGUCGGCUGUGCGUCCGACCUCUCUCGCCCUCGCAUCAGUUUACAUGGUCGCGGUGUCUGCUCCUCUAUCGACUUUGGCAACUUCUCGUCGCUCCCCGUCGACUGCCGAGUCCGAGCCACGCCUCCCACGCUGCUUCCUCGUCUCAGCUGCCAGCUGGCGUCGGGUCGCAGACGGCCACUGGGCUCUUUCUCAGGGGAGCGCUCGGAGGGGGGCGCUGCGCUCCUUUCCUCGAUCUCCUGCGCUGUUCGUGUUGUUGCGGAGGCGACGUAGGCCGAACGUCAGUCCCGGGGGGGCAGUCCGGCGACGCCCUCGGCCAGAAAGAGGAGGGGCAGCGAGGCCCGGCUUGCGGCAGCUUCAAUCUUUGCGUGCUCUGCCGGGGCGAGGACAUCGUCUACGAAGAUUCCGGAUGCGUGCAGCUGAAGCUGGUCUUUCAUCCUCCCGUCUCCGUCGCCUCUACGUUGCCGUUCAAAGUCAACUGUCGAGUGGAGUCGCUCGACCCUCUUGGCACCGAAACUCUGGGGCAGUCUCUGCAAGGCGAAGCGUCUCCCGGGAGACGCCGGCGAGCGUUUGAGUCCCAACUGCGGCUCAAUCAGCAAGUCCACCUCCACCAGCUACCUCUCGCAGGCCCUAUUUAUCUCGUGGUGACGGUGGAGGGUUCCAGAGAGGAAAGCGAAGGGCGCAUCCUUCGGUCUGCGCCGAUGCAGGUUCACCCGAUACCGACGUCUCUGCUGCUGCCUGCGGAAACAGCCGCCACCCUGGGAGUGGACGGUGGCGUGGGAAUCGGUGGAGAGGACGACAGCGAUGCUGACGAACGCGAUGGACCAGAAGACAGUGGGAAGGAAGCCAUCGUCGAGCUGCUAUGUCGGAAUCCGCGAGACCCUCGACAGUCGCUGCGCCUCCUGCUAUUCUUCCAACACUCGCGUACUCCGGGGGCACCGCCUUCGCUUCUUCUGCACACACCAACGUGGAUUGUGUCCUUCCUGAAGGGUGCCGCGGCAUUCAUGCGCUCUCAUAGUGCUGCCCUGGCUGAAGCACAUCGCCAAGGCCCCAGAUCCAGGGACGCAGAAUACUACUACGUGACAGACAGUGCUCUGGUGGAGGACGAAAGCGUGUGGGCCUCUGCUGCAGCCGCUGUUUCGAGCGCCGCUGUCAGCGCAGCGUCUGCAGCGGCUGCCGCUGCUGUCGCGGCUGUGCAGGCGGCGGAGCGCCACGCGACCUCCACAGGUUCCGCGGAGGUGCAGUCGAAACGAGUCGCGCCGGGGACUGACGUGAAGAGCGAACCCACGCAGCUGAGGCAGGCUCUCCGGAGAGUCGCCGGUGAGGCGGCCGACCUCUGUGUGGACUACGAGGGGCGUGAGCGCGCUGGAGUCUACGCGUUGGAUUACAAAGCAGAAUCCUUUUUCAUUCAUCUGCCCCAGAUCGGUGCCUCGCCCUUUCUCAAUCUUCGUCGCCCAAUUCCUCCAGAUUGUUGUUUGCCUGUUCUUCCCCCCAUGUCUGGGGGGUCUCCUGCGUUGCCGCCUCCACGUUUGCCGGCUCUCGAUGUUGCCGUGCGGCUCUGCAGUGCGCCGUUGCCGCUACUGCGUCCCGUCCAGCUUCUUCUGGUAAUGCCGUUUUACCUCGUCGUCAACGCAACAUCAUUUCCGAUUUGUAUUCGGCAGUCGCGCUGCCUCGUUUGCCGUACCAAGGGGAGCAGUCGACGAUGUCGCUGUCUAGCCCGUGCCGCGACACCGUCUCUGAGCGGGGAUGCGGGCGCUAGCCAUCCGAGAGCUGCAGGGUCUUCUGCUUCGGGACAAACACAGGAUGACGGCAGCGAAGCAGGAGCGGCAGUUGACGCCAGCGCCCCCGCAAGAGGUGCCGACACAAAGGAAGCGACCAAAGGCAGUGCUUGGGUGCUCAAGGACUUGGUAGAAGUGGAGGAGACGGCACAGAUGAUGGCAGAGGGGGCAAUUUAUAUAGAGCCGAAGGAUCAAAAACCGUUCUUCUGGAGCAGUGCCCGAGGCACAAAAUUCAUUCAAGUUGCUCGGACUCUUCAGUGUGCAGCGGCCGUCGCCUGCGACCGCGUACCUUCGUUCCGUUCGAACCGUGCAAAGGUGCCUUAUGUGGCGUGCUCUUCGCUCCCGUCGACAAGCAGCGACGCGGGGGCGGAUGAGCUGAAGGGCGAUUCCCAGGUGGAGACCCAGCAGCCAGUGGCGCGCUCUGCGUUCAAGGCGGCGAACCGCUGCUGGUCGCGCUGGUCAGGCUGUUGUCCCGUCGGUGUGCGGUCUGAAGACGGGCCAGUUCGCGUGCCGCCGGUGCCCCAGUGCCGUUUUUCGGGCGAACUCUCGGCCUUCUGCGCGUGCGCGAGCAGAGGGACACUGCUGCUGCUGAAGACGGGGUCAGCUUCCUCGAGUUCUCUCACGGUUCCGCGUGCGUCGCGGGAAGGCGUGCACUGUGCGCCGACAAAGUCGUCGGCUGCCGUCACACAGGUUGCUUCGGGUGACGGAACCGAGAGAGGCGGUGCGCGUUCCGCGCGACUCUCUCCUUUUCUGCAGAGAGUUUCGGAGGUCCGACGGCUCAUGCGUACCGACGUACCAACUCGCUCCGUCCCCCAGGUGGCAGAUACGCGUCGGCACCGUUAUCUCAGUCACCACCACCAUCACGGGUCGGGCACGUCUAGCGAGCAGCCCCGCUCAUUCGGGGCGGCCAGGCACACCGCCGCCGCCUGCGACCAGUCGCGGCACGCGGACACAGCUCAAGGGCAAGCCGCGGCGACGGCGACUGGUCAAAAGUCGCCCUCGGGAUCUGCGCCCCGUGGCCCGGAGUCUGGUCCCUCGGCAGGGGCAGGCGCGUACUCAGUUCGCGGUUGUGCAGCAGAAAGCGGCGGGAAAGGCCAGCGGAAGAAGGUCGCCGAGACUGGUAGUAGUCUGCUCCGCGUGGAGGUGCGCGACGGACCCGCAGGGGGCAAGGUCGUUGUGCUUCGCGACGAGGGGUGGGGAUACGCGGAGAGUGUCAGCGUCCGGAACCAGUCGCGCUGGUCGUUGAUGGUUCGCCAGUGCGUGCAUGCGAACCCGGAUGACGCGCAACCUGCAACUGAAAGCAGCGGUGAUGCGGCGUAUACGGGAGGUGACUUGAGUGGCGCGAGCGGCGGAUCCGAGGAUGAGGUCGACGCAGAAGGGGGCGAGCUCAAGUGCGCCUCCUUCGCUCCUGGGCAUACGGAAGGCGGUACACGACUUUCCUCUCACGGUCCUGUUGCAGAUUCCGGGGCGCUUCAGACGCUGGUCAAGGGCGCGCAUUCGGUUUUCUCUGGAGGCGCGCAGAGCGAUUCGCAGCCGGCGGCGCUGUGGCCGCGCCUCCGCCAUAGUGACUCAAAGGCGUACGUCUCGAAAAAUGUCGGACAGGAACGCGUCACGGGACUGAUGGAGUUUCUCCUUACGCACGGCUUGAAGCAACAAGCAGAGGGGAGACACGACGUUUUGGCCCCGGAGGGCCUGAGACAGGGACGCGACGAAGAUGCGCAGACUGAUGUUCCAGAGGAGGAGUGCAGUCAUGGGGCAGGCCAGAAGAGUUUGAGAGGCUCGGGCGGUGUUCCGGUCAGCCAGAGCACUGAUGACGCGAAUACUGGCGGCCGCAGUUGGUGCGCCUGUGCAGCAGCGAGUGUCGCGCCGUACUUCCUCGGCCCCCUUCCUGUCCUUGUGAAACCUGACGAGGAGGUGCUCAUGGCUUGGGACGAUUGCCGUCGAAAUCGCUCGGUCGAAAUAGCUGGAAUUCCUGUUGCCCUCAAGGCGGCAUGUGGAGAUGCGCCUAACGAGCCGACGGCAGUGGCAGAGCGAUUUCUUACUGACACCGAAAUAGACACGGAACGAACGCAGGCCGAGCAGCCUCCUGCGCCGCUGUCCUUGCAGUCCCUCGCUGCCUCUUCUGGCGCACUGUCCCCCACAGCGUGUGUGCCGCCCUUCCUGGUUUGCAUUCCGGUCGCAAGUUCGGAUUCACAGCGCCAGCUUCUCCGUAUCCCCUCUCUUCCUCCGUCGGAAUGGAUUGUUUUUGAGGUUCUGAAGGAGACGCCAACGGCGGUCAUCGCUCUCUCGCAGUAUCAGCCUUCCCCGCCCACUUCAAUGUCGCGUGCUUCCGACCAUGCAGGCGCAUCCGGAGCGGGCCAGAAUGCCAGCCCUCGCGUGGAUCCUGGGCACCUGUCACCAGGGCGCAGCCGUCAAGGCAGGCUCUCCCCGAAAAAGACGCCUCCUCAGCAUUCGCAACCUCACGCGGAUGAAAACCUCUCUCUCGCCAAGCGGGAAGCGCCGGCACAGCAGGCGGCGCUCUCUGUGGCCGCUGCGGCUGCGUCGGGCCUUUCUCAGGUGGCUGCAGAUACCUUCGGCAGGGGCUGGUUCUCGUGGGUAGAUAGCAGUGCUCCGGCGAGCACGCCAGCGCCUCCCGCUGCUUCGGCGCUUAUGUCGGGCAGUCUUUCGUCCGGCUCAGAUUCUCAGGGGAAUCCAGGCGGAAGUGCCGCGGCAGAGAGCAGCGUCGCCGGCGGCAUCCUUUCGUACCUGUCUCCCUUUGUGUGGACGGAAGAAGGCAGGCGUAGUACGGAGGAACAACACGGAAGGGGUGCCGACAUCGUGCCGCUGCCUUCGUCGAGGGCUGGCGUGGGACUAGGUCGCCUACCAGGUGCUUCCGACGACGGUUGCUAUAGCUACUCUCUUGCCGGUGCCGGCGCAUCUUCUGCGUCUCGGCAGACGGCAGCGGCGGCGUUGCGGGCUCGCGGCCAGCAAGACGGGGGGGAUGGUGGAAGGGAAGAGACAGGCAACUGCACAGCCGACGAUACGCCAGACGUGCCCGUCCAUCGCUACCUCUAUGCCCCUCCGUAUUUUUCAAAGCGAUUGACACGAAUGGAGCUGCAAACGCGUAGCUCCACACCGGCUCUGACGUCUGUUCCGUUGCUGUUGGCCUGCAAACUGCGUCACCUGCGGCAGCAGCACGCGGAGCGAGCCGCGUACAGGCGCGGGCUCUUCGGUGUCCUUCAAAAUCCCCUUGUCGAGGACCGUGUAUGGCAACGUGGCGGCCGUAGCUCCCUUAUUUUAGACACUUCUGAUGAGGAGGGCGCGACUGCUGUCAUGCUGCGACGCCGUUCACCGAGCAGUCAGGGUCGGAAUCCCUAUAGGAGACGUGCGUCUUCAGGCGAUGAAAACUCUCCAUCGGCCUCCAGGCACUUCGGAUCUACCGCAUACUGGGGUCGGGCAGGCACAUCCGCGAAAGAAGGGGAGGAGGAAUCGUGGGAAGAAGGCUACAGGUGUCGUGCCACUCGUACACGCAGAUGCAGCAAGCGUGACGGGCGCAGCACCAUUCCGUCCUGGGCGGAAGGUGGCGAAGACUGCAUCUAUGUUCCGCCGUUCUUGUCUCCCUUCCUCUAUGCGUUUCAAAGAAGCGCAGACCGAAGUACUCGCGCCCGCAAGCCGAGUGGAGCGGCACCAGCAGCUGCAGGUGACGUAUUGAGCAGUCUGUGGGGCACCGGUGGGAGUACCGUGGUUCGCACCGGGUCAGCGCUGGACGACGGAAGUGUGCUGGCGAGCAGACGCGCCAGCCAAAUGAGAAGUGAGCAGGCCUCCUACGAGCAGCUUCCUUUCCUCUUCUACCUCUGUGACGGCGACGAAGAGCGCCAGAUGAUUCGGCAGCAGCAAGAGCACGAAGCUCUACUUGCGAGACGCUCUGAGCAUGGGAUGGAUGCAAUACGAAGAGCGGCAUUCUCGCAGGACGGUCGAGACGAUGCCGGUGGCUCUGCUGCAGAGCCACACGCGUCGCAACUUCGAGACGCACGCAAGAAUGACUCUGCGUCGGGACGGGCGCCGACGGAGGAAUUGGGCGAACGGCGCUCUAUAAGUCGUCGAGGUUCCUUCUCGUCAGGCAGUUCUUCAUCAACAGAGAGGUUCAAUCGUCUUCAAGCGAAGCAACUCGCCGAAGAAACGAGCAUCCUUUUGCAGCUGCCUCCUCCGCCGUUGCCGGCGCCUCCUACACCAGAUCCGCCUGUGACCGAGAUUCGCGUAUGUAUUCCUCAGUUGCUCAUUUCCGUCGUCGCCGAGACAGAGCAAAACAACCCGCUGACAAAUCAGCUAUCCCGCGUACCCGACGAGCUGAUGCUCUUCUCCGUCGACUACUUUUCCCUUCUUUUGGCCUCAAGUGACAAACACCAGGUUGUGGCCGCCGCUGUUCAGGACAUUCAGGUGGACAAUAUGCGGACGCAUGCGCUGUAUCCGGUUCUGCUGCAAAGAGCUUUGCCGCCCGCCGCUCCUCCUCUUCCGGAGGCAGCGGCACCCCUCAGCAUUGCAUCGGGCCGAACAGAUCUGUGGAGGGGGGUCAGCCGAGGCUCCGGGAGCGCGGUAUACUGUGUGUCAAAGCCCGUCUGCGAGUUCAUUCUCAAGAGAAGCCUGCCGCGUGGCAUCGAGGGCAGAAGUAGCGUCGAAGAAGUUGUCUACGUAGACAACCUUACGCUCUCCGUCGUGCCUCUGUCUGUCCGGCUCGAUCUCGAUUUUCUCGAAGCUUUUCAGAAGGCCUUCCGUGCGCUGCAACGUGCUGCCACGGUUCCUUUUGGCUCGUCUCAGUCACCUCGUUUGUUUGGGGACCCUGAAGCCAAAACCGUCAGACCACGUCGAGACUCUUCACGUAGGCCCGCAGCUGGCCAGGACAGCGAAGGGUUUUCCGCAGCACGCCGGAGACUGGGAACUCGGCGAUCUUUAGGAGAGAAGCCCGUCAAUCUUUUCAUCGGCAAGUCAUCAUCGCAUGAGGGCGAGCACGUUGGCUCUACAGCGCCGAAAACGCAAUGCGAGAGCACCACGGCGUUGCAAGUGCAGACAGGCAGAGAACCGGAUAUGUCCAGUAUUUGUGCUGGCACGGGUUCCUCGGAACGCCCUACUGGACCAGGGGCCAGGCAACGUGGCGGAGCAGGUUGUGGACCCAGGGGCACCGAAGUUAGUGAUCGAGCGAGGUCUCUUUCUAUGCAUUUCCUACCUGAAGCUGCGUGCGGAUGGAAGAUCUGCGGUCAGCGAGCAGUGACAGACAUUGGUCGAGUCCCGGGACGCGACAGCCCCUCUCUCAGUGCUGCUGGAUGCGUUGGGAGCAGUUCGUUGGAGGCGACGGGCCGAGGAACAUCUGAAUCUGCGGAGAUGUCUGCUCGUGAUUCCCACUCCGUUCUUUCCACGUCAAGUUGUGACGGUCUUGAGGGCGGCCUGGUGUUCCUUCCUCGGCUCCCGCCCGCAUCUCUUUCUCUACAACGAACACCAGUACGCCGCUUCUGUAUCAAGCAACUGGUCAUCGAACAAAUUCUCGCUUCUUUCUCCUUCCGCACGGGUGUCAACCCUCUCUCGUCUCUAUCACAUCGCCAUUGGUUUUUCCGCGCACUCCUUUCCCUGUCUUCAAUAGAAGACGCCUCUCUCGGCUUCAGCCCUUUCAUCCUGCCUGACCCUGCUUCGGCUUCCUCCAUUCCUGACUCAGAAAGGGUGGUAUCGGGCAGAAGUCAUAUAUGCAUUCCUCUCGGGGAACUGGUCCAGCGCAUCUCGCAAGCCUACCGGCAGCAGCUGCUGUGGCAGCUUUCCCAUUUCGUCGCGUCCAUUGACAUACUAGGGAAUCCUGCUCGUUCGCUGGCUCACAUGCGCGAAGGCGUGUAUGACCUCGCGCUUCAUCCCCUUCAUGCUGCGGAGAGAGGCGACGACGUCCUCGAAGGGGUCUACAAGGGAGCGACCAGCUUCAUCCGACACACAGGCUAUGGUUUCUUUGGAGGGCUAUCACGUAUGGCUGGUGUCGCGUCCGACUCCCUUGGGGCCCUGACUCUGGACGACGCCUAUGUCAACCGCCGACAGCAGCAGCAGCGUCGACAGCGUCCUAAGGACGUCCAGGAGGGAAUAACGUUUGGUGCAGAAGCCUUCGGCAAGGCUGUUCUGGGAGGAAUCACAGGUCUUAUUGAGGAACCUAUGAAAGGUGCUAACGAAGAAGGCGUCGAGGGGCUACUGAAAGGUGCGGGCAAAGGUCUUCUUGGUUUGGUCGUCAAGCCCUUGACGGGUGUGCUGGAUUUUGCACAGAAGACAGCUGAGGCCAUCAAGGAGGUUUCGGAAGUAGAUCCUGCCAGGCGCACGCGGCGUCGGCUGCCCCGGCUGCUCUUGGGAGAGGAAAGGCUCUUGGUGCCUUAUGACGAAGGGGCUGCCAGAAUAAAGGAGGCUCUCAACGACGUCGACGGUGUCUGCUGGUCGACGGUCCCGUUCCUCUCGUUCGUUUAUGACAUUCCCUUCCGGACGUUGGUGGUCGUCACGGACACGCACCUUCUCCAGUUCCGGUUGGCCGGCGCAGGCUCAUCAGGUGGACAGACACAGCUCGUUCUUCUUUUUCCUUUAUACUUGCUCGCCUCUGUGCACCGCUGCAGUAUCAGACCUCGUAAUUCUGAUCAGGGGCGCCGCGCAGGGAUUCUGCUGGUCAUCCGAAGCAGGAAGAACCGGUCGCAAUCGCCUCAGUCAAGCGAUCGCCAGUCGCUUGACAUGCCGGAAAGUGAUAAGGAUCGCGCGUCAAGGCAGAAGUACAUAUGGUGCUCUUCUGUCGAGGUACAACGUCAGAUGGAUACUCUCGUGCGUGAGGCAUUACUGAGGUAA